AUGAAUUGGAUAAAGCAGCAGGUAGCAAACGUUGCUGGAACGCAAGAGCCAAUCUAUGGACCUUCCGCUAUACAGUCAGUCGCCGAGCAGGCAGAGCAAGUACCCUACACCGAGUUGCAAAAGGAUGACCUCAAAUGGGCUGCAAUGACAUCGACGUGUGUGGAGACACAGACUUUCUAUUUGAUGGCGGAUACUGGGCAUGUUGGAAUGGCUCAAGUCAUCUACAGCAAUGUCGCCGGUAUACACACCACAUGCCAAUACAACACAAAAAUCUUCUAUCCCGACGGCAGAACCCCCAACCUCUGGUCCUCCGAUGCGCUCAAGAACUUUGAAUUCGACUCCGAGAAGCUUUCUUGCUACGCCGACGGCUGUGCCCUUACUCUCGGCGAGGACGGAACUUCAUACACCGUCAAAUCGGCGACAAAUGAAGCUAGCAUCGUGAAUUUGACAAUCAAGCGGACAGCGCCGGGAUUCCAUGUUGGAAAGGAUGGGAAGAGCUAUUUUGGCACUGAUCCAAAGCAUCCAUGGGGUUCCAUGAGACAUGGAUUUUGGCCUCGAUGUCAAGCGGAAGGUAGUAUCAUUACCAAAGCUGGAGAAGUGAAUUUCAAGGGAAGGGCUUUCUUCGUGCAUGCUCUUCAAGGAAUGAAGCCUCAUCACGCGGCUGCCAAGUGGAAUUUUGUCAAUUUCCAGUCUCCAAGUUAUUCAGCUGUCAUGAUGGAAUAUACAACCCCACCCUCAUAUGGCUCUACUAUCGUUAACGUUGGUGGGAUAGCAACAGACGGAGAGAUCCUCUGUGCAGGUUCCCAAGGAAAUUCUGUCGAGCAUACCAAAGUCAUGCCAGAUCGCGAAAAUGAAUGGCCAGAGCCAGAAGCUGUCAAAUAUGUCUGGGGUGGAGUCACCAAGGACAAGAAGCCUGUUUCCGCCACUCUUGCGGGAAGUUUGGGCAAGAGACUUGAUAAGGUGGACGUGAUGGCGAAAAUUCCUGGCUUUAUCAAGACUAUUGUUGGUGGAGUAGUAGGAACGAAACCUUACAUCUACCAGUAUGCACCGCAGCAGAAGCUUUCCAUCACGGUCAAGCUUGAUGGGGUCGAAACAACAGAGGAAGGAGAGUUAUUCACGGAGGCGACUUUCAUUUCUUGA